GGAGAACCAUUGUCGCUCUAGAAAUGCAAUGGCUAUGAUGUUACAUACAAAGAAGAAGAAGAAGUAACAAGAUUGAACGUUGAGUUGCGUGCUAGAAAGCUUUCGAACUUUUUGAACGAUGGGAUGGGCAUUGGGUCACUAUUUGGAGCUUUUCGUGCCAGCAAAGUGCAUGAAAUUUAUUCUGUAACUGUUUCAAUUCAUUUUUUCUCCCAUUGUGAAAUAUUUUUUCCUUGAAAAUUGGUUCAAUGAAGUUUUUUUGGAUGUCACGUCGUAUGAGAAAAAAGCCAGAGGAUGUGGAGGGAUGUAGAAAUAAUGUGGAACCGGAACUCGUGAUACCUUUGGUGUGGACGAGUAGUAAAAGCCUAGAGGAGACGACAGAGGAGCAAAAGAGUGAAAGAGAAACCUCAGAAAUGGCCUCGACUAGUGGACACAAGAGAAACGGUUCGAGUUCAAGCAUGUUCGCCCACAAGAGAACCGAAUCUGGCAGUGGGUUUAUCGGCCACAAACGCUCUGAAAGUGGACACAAGCGUGCCGAGAGUAUAUCCAGUGCCUUUGGUCAUAAAAGAUCAGAAAGUGGACACAAAAGAAAUGAUAGUUACAGUGGAUUUGGUCAUAAAAGGUCGGAGUCCGGUAGUAACUAUCAUGCAGGACAUCGAAGAAAUGAAAGUAUGUAUGCGAUGACUGGACUCUAUGCUGAGAGUACUGUCAAUACACAUGAUGAUGGCCUAAGUCUCCCUCAAACUGGAGAAGGCAGAUUGACUCAUGACACUGUCAUUAGAUGUCAUAGCAGAAACCCUAGCUCGGGUCUUGUCGAUCACAGAGAUUUUAUCAUCAAAUGCCACAGCAGAAAUCCAAGCGCUUCCAUGGUCGACAGGACAGAAAAGGAAAGACCUCAAACACCACCAAUGAAUCCAAACUCCAAAGACUGCGGAAUAUUGAGUUGCAGGCCUAUCUUUAUACAAAGAUUCGCUACUAUAAAGGUAUUUGUGUUUCUACUAUCAUUCCUUGUCACAGUACAGCAAGCACUAAGCUCAGGUUAUAUCAAUUCUGUGAUUACCACAAUUGAAAAGAGAUUUGAAAUUCCAUCAAGUUUAUCAGGCUUGAUUGCUAGUUCAUAUGAAAUCGGCAAUGUUAUUACAGUCAUCUUUGUCAGUUAUCUGGGCAGUCGUAGACACAUUCCAGUUUGGAUUGCAAUAGGUGCUGUGAUAAUGGGUCUGGGUUCAAUGAUCUUCAUGAUUCCGCACUUCGUAGCUGAGCCAAAUUUAACAGCAGCAUCUAAUCAUUCCAACUCUGACAAUAUUUGCCGAGGAGUAUCUUUGCGCGAGCAAGAUAUGGGUUUGGGUCGGUUAUCAUCUGGAUUGUCAUCUCCCCCACUGGCGCCUCACAAUAAUUUACGAGGUGACAAUUGCAUUCAGGGAUCGCCAUCAACAGCUGGACCUGUAAUGCUUUUCGUAGUGGCUCAACUAUUGUUAGGUUGUGGUGGUUCGCCUUUGUUCACACUUGGUACCACUUACAUUGACGACCAUGUGAGGCCGGAAAGUGCUUCUUUGUACAUUGGCUGUAUGUAUAGUAUGGCUGCUUUUGGACCAGUUCUAGGAUUUCUUCUUGGAGCUUAUCUUUUAUCAUUUCACAUGGAUUCAUUUACUGCAAAUAUUAUUAGCAUAGAUCCCGGUGAUCACAGAUGGGUCGGAAUGUGGUGGGGUGGAUUUCUCCUUUGUGGCCUUCUUCUUAUUCUCGUCGCGAUUCCCUUCUUCAGUUUUCCCAAGACUCUUCAGCGCGAGAAAGAGAAGAUCAAAAUAAUAGAAAAGACUAAGCCUGUAACAGCAAAAGAGAAAGAAGCCAACAAAGAUUCGAAAAAGGAAUUAAAAAAAGAUGACAGUGGCUAUGGAAAGGAUGUUAAAGAUAUCCCACGAAGUAUGUGGCGAUUAGUUUGCAAUCCAGUGUACGUUGUAACGUGCUUAGGAGCUUGUAUGGAACUAGUAAUAGUAUCCGGUUUCGUGGUUUUUCUUCCAAAAUAUCUCGAAACACAGUUUAGCCUGGGAAAAAGUCAAGCAAGUAUUUUCACUGGAUCUAUUGCUAUACCAGGAGCAUGUAUAGGAAUAUUUUUUGGAGGAUGUUUACUCAAACGCUUGGAACUAAGACCAAAGGGUGCAGUGCAGUUUGUUUUGGUCUCAAAUAUUGUUUGUCUUACUUGCUAUGGUCUUUUAUUUUUCCUUGGUUGUGAUAAUGUCAAAAUGGCGGGAACUACAAUACCAUAUUUCAAUAGCACUACAAAAGGUCCUGAACCAUUUCAAGUUAAUCUCACUGCCUCUUGUAAUUUCGGAUGUGAAUGUCGUAUGAAUGACGUUGAACCAGUUUGUGGAAACAACGGCCUCACGUACUUCAGUCCCUGUCAUGCAGGUUGUACUGCCUUCAGCUCAAAAUCAAACUUUACCAACUGUGCUUGUAUUCACGGAAACUUGACAGUUUUAAGGCCGGCAGCCACAGAGUUUGCAGAAGUGACAGCUGUGCCUGUGGCAACAUCAGGACCAUGCACUUCUCCAUGUAAAACAAUAUUUCCUUUCCUCAUGCUUUUAUUUUUUAUGACGUUUGUCGUUGCAGUGACGCAAAUGCCUCUGCUGAUGAUAGUAUUACGAUCCGUUUCUGAAGAAGAGAGGUCAUUUGCACUUGGAAUGCAAUUUGUAAUCUUCAGAUUGUUUGGUUAUAUCCCAGCACCAAUACUCUUUGGAAAUUUAAUCGACUCAACGUGUUUGCUCUGGAAAAGUACGUGCGGAGAGAAGGGUGGACGUUGUCUGCUUUACGACAUUGAGCAGUUUAGAUAUAGAUAUGUUGGACUGUGUGCUGGAAUAAAAAUCCUAGCCCUGGCCUUAUUUUUAAUCGAUUGGUGGCUUGUUAGACGAAGAAGGCAAUUGGAAGAUAUUCCAACAGGAUUAACGGUUAAUGACAUCGUUGGGUCUAUUAUUAGCUUGGAUAAAUUAUUUGAAGAGAAACCACAUCAAAAUCCAACGGAAGGUGAUGGAACAACUCCAAAUUGCACAGAGCAUACGCCAUCAUCGAUCUCAUCACCUACUGAACCAACAAAAUCGACAAAUUUAGAAGAAUCAGAAUCUACACACUUGACACAAGGAUCAGUGGAUUCAACAAAUAAUGCAAAACUUUUAGCUGACUUCUCUGAUACAAGGCAAGAAGAUGAUUUAGAAUUUAAACCUCUUAAUGGUACAUCUGAAUCUAGUGAAUUUCAUGCUUAAUGACGAUCUUUUUAUAGUUAUAUUAAAUAUUAUAAAUUACUAGCAAAUUAUUCAGCGGGCUUUGUAAGCUCAUUUUUUAAUCAAUUCCACUGGAAAAACCGACUCAAUUUAGCUGCAAUGCAAAUUAAAAUAUAUAUUCUCAAGACAUAUCAUGGCAGAUUUACAGCGAUAUUUUCUUUGAAGUAUUUAUGAAAAUCAGUUUAAAUAAAAAAGCAAAUUAUCGUUAUAAUUCAAACUAACGAUUUGAUUUAAAUUAAGAUUAAUUAAAAAAUUGCUAUAUUUAAUUUUCGAUAAAUAACUCAAAUAGCUUGUCUCGGAUGUGAGCUUCGCGAAGUUUUGUGUUAAUAUGUUCUUGAAAUACUAAGCGUAUACUUUUUUAUUAAAAAAAUUUUUUUUAUUAAUUAAUAUUAAUUAGAAAAAAAUCUAUAUUCAUACGUAAAAAAGAGAAAUGUGUUAAAUAGAAAAUUUGUAAACUAAUGUAUAUUUUCCUUGAAAUUUUGGAAUCUUAAAAAGAUAAAUUAUGACACUGAAUGGUGAUGGAACGGUGCACAAAUAUCUUCCUCGUCUGAUUCAAGCUUAAAAAAAGAUAAAAAUAUGAAAAAGGCGAGAUUAAAAUUAAUAAUGUAAAUAUAAUUGAAUUCCUGCCUUAAGAAACAUAAGACUAGACUUAAAAUUAGUUAUAUAUAAUUAAUUAAUAAUUACAUAUAUGAAUGAUAUAAAUAAUGGAAUAAUAUUAACAAUAUGGACGAAAAAUGUUUAAUUAGAAAUGCAUAAACGGCUAUUUAUCAUAUAAUACCCAUGGGUUGAAUGUUCUCAAACAAUUAGUCAAUAUAGUGUUAGUAAAACGAGAUUAAAUAUAACAAUAUCGAGAAUUUAUUGUUGAGUUACUUAUACUCAGAGUAUAUAAAGGAAAUUUUUUUUUGCUAUCAGUAAAUAAAACUUCCAUGUUGAAGAUCUGUAUUUUAUUCAUGAUGCAUUCGAUGAGAAAAAAUUAUUGAACAAAUAAUUGUAAAAAAAAAUAUAAAGCUCAUUAAAAAGAGGCAGUCGAGUGAUUUGUACCUGAAAGCCUCUUGAUUUGAUGAUUAAAAAAUAAAACAAAAUUACAUGAAUUUACUCAGGAAUGCUAUUCUGUUAUAGAAUUGCAAAUCUCAAUGAACAAUACAAAGUGGCAAUGUUCUUAUGUAUGAUAAGAAAAAAAAAAUAUGUGGGAAUGCUGCUUAAUUUUCCCAAAAAGAUGUUAAGCUGAUAAAUAUUCUACAUACUUUCUCACUUUAGCCUGUAAAAACCUCACACUGUCAAUACUUUGGAUAGUAAAAAAGCAUAUUAGAAUUGUAAAAUAGAGCAAUUAUAUACGUCUUCUUCGAAUUUCGGGUGUACAAGUUACGUAAUUGUGAUAAUAAAUGUCUGAGAUAAUGGAUAAAGUUCGAGGAGAGUUAAAAAAUAAUAAUGAAUGAAAUAAAAAUAAAUAAAAUGAUGAAAGUGCUGUGAGAAUGGUAAUAAAUCAGUGUAUUGUUUGUUAAUAAGAAUCAAAUUUGAUAAAUAUUGUUGUCAAAGGCUCAAGGAACAGAAUGAUGUUGACACGAAAUGAAUUUAAAUUAAAUUUUUAAUAAACGUAAACAAUAAACUCAUAAUGAAAUUCACUCGAAUUAUUUUCGAGUUUUAUAUACAAAGAAUAAGCGUAAAAGUUUUAUAUCAAUUUUAACUGCCGGCACUAUUAUUUAAUAACAAUUAUCAUUUUCAUUUAAUAAUUAUUAUUACCGGUAAUUAACCAAUAAUUAUCAAUUGACAAUUAACAAAAUAAAAAUAAUCAAUUUUUUGCAUACCUUGUAUUUAAAUAUAAUUAUCAGGCUAAUAAUCUUUUGAAUUAUUAUUAUAGGUCAAAAUGUUACUUAAAUACUCUUAGAUGAAUUUUUACCAUUUUUACGCAGAUAUAUAAUUAUCGUGACCUCGUUUCAAUAGGAAAUAUAAUUCACACUCGGUUAUAAUCCAUAUUAUAAUUAUUAUCAUUAUCAUGAUAUGGUUUAUGAAUCGAUUUUCCUGCGACUAUUAAUUGUAUGGAACAUUCCAGUGUCAACAAUGGUGAAGAGUGAGAAAAUUUAGUAAACAGUUAUUAUAUGAAGAUUAAGAAAUAAUUGAUAAUUAUUAACUAAGGAAUUAUAUAGAUAAAUUUUAACGAUAAAAAAAAUGUUAUGUACAUAAUAUAUAAUUAUUAUUAUAAUAAUGUAAACUGCUUAUAGAUGUACUGUAUUUUUUGUAGGGACCAUAUUAUGAUUAUGAAAAUUUUUAAUUAAAUCAAAUAAUAAUGCGAUUUAUAAAUACAAUAAUUAUUGAGAUUCGUACGGAGUUGCUGAUUUUAUUGACUUUCGUAGAUGAAGUAUUAUUAAAAACGAUAUUUGAGACAAGAUAGAUUGAAAUAAUGAUAUCAGCAAUGAGUAACAGUUAAUAAUAUUGCUGAUUUGAUUUCGAAAAGUGAACCUUGGCCUUAAAAUAUCUACAUAAUACAUGUUGAAUUAUUACGUUAAGGCCUACAACAAAAUUAGAUACUUUCUAAAGGGUGGGUAAAUUGUUUUAUGAAUAUAAUAAAGAAAUUUAUUAUUAUUGAAA